AGGAAAAGGUUUCAAACUAGCUGACAGGACAGCAAUAAUGACAAUUGUAUAUGUACGUGGACAGACAGAAAUUAUUUAAGCAUGGAGAGUGUUCUCGGGAACUCAAGCACAGGUGGGAAAUCAUCGGAAGGACAAGCAGAGGUUCCAAUUUCCACAGAUCCGGCCAAAGUUGAAAAGAUGAAUUCUGCCAGUAACACAAAGCUGAUCGUUUGUGCGAUCGGGACAUUUGUGUCGUAUUUCGUGUAUGGUAUACUUCAGGAAUCGAUAACCAAAGGAAAAUAUGGAGAGGGUGAGAAGGCAGAGAAGUUCACAUAUACAACAACUUUGGUGUUCAUGCAGUGUAUUGUCAAUGCCUUAGCUGCUAAACUAGUAAUGAUGUUCUGGAUGAGGGAGAAAGACUCAACACCGGCCAAGUUGUAUGGAUUGUGUUCACUGUCCUACCUUGGUGCCAUGUUGGCCAGCAAUCAGGCUCUUCAGUUUGUCAAAUACCCAACACAGGUGCUGGGAAAGUCUGCUAAGCCUAUCCCUGUGAUGAUUCUGGGGAUAGUGUUUGCAAGGAAACGAUACCCUGCAGCCAAGUUCAUCUUCGUACUGAUGAUCGUAAUAGGUGUAGCCAUGUUUCUCUACAAAGACAAGGCACCAACCUCUAAAGAUAACAAACCACUGUUCGGCUUUGGAGAACUACUACUGCUGGUGUCGUUGACAUUAGAUGGACUGACUGGAGCUACACAAGAGAGAAUGAGAUCUGACUAUAAAACAGGAGCCUACAGUAUGAUGCUGAAUGUCAAUCUCUGGUCUUUAGUAUGGUCCACUAUAGGUUUACUUGGUACUGGAGAGAUACUGCAAUUUUUAGUAUUUGCACAAAAUCAUCCAUCAGUAUUGUUGAAUAUGCUCUAUUUUGGAAUUGCCAGUGCCAUAGGACAGAUGUUUAUUUUCACUACAGUGACAUCCUUCGGCCCACUAACAUGUUCUAUCAUCACUACCACCAGAAAAUUUUUCACUAUCUUCGCUUCAGUUUUACUAUUCCAGAACCCCAUGAAUUCAUGGCAGUGGAUAGGUACAGUGUUAGUUUUUGCAGGCCUGGGAUUGGACAGUGCAUUCGGGAAAGAAAGGAGAUAAUGACAAGGGAAAGUGUAGUGUUCUGUGUGUGAUAAGUGUGGCAGGGGAUGGAAGUUAAAACCAUUAGCUGAAGAUAUUUUUAAAAGAGGGUAUUAAGAGAGAAAUGUUUCAGUAUGAAUGUUUAUGUAGUUCUAUGUUUAUUAUCAAGUGAAUACAAAUAUUGUAUUUAAACAUAAUUUGUGAGCAUACACAAAUAUAUAGUGACAAGUUAGGUGUAUUGACAGAUGGGGCUAGUAUGUGUGGUCUAACACAGGGGUCUAGACAUGACUGCUAACUAAUUAAUUAAAAUAUUUAUACUUUAAAACAUUGAACUGGUGGAUUGUGAAUUAGUCCAGGAAGAGUAUGUGUUUAUAGGCCUAAUUUAAGAUACAACAUGUUUGGCCACCUUGGAAAUCGUAGUUGUGUUUGUAAUUUAAAUUUGACAGAUUACUGAAAGGUUGUACCAAUGUUAAACAAAUUCAAUGAUAGCAUUGACAUACUGUAUCAUAUUGAUAGAUAUAAGAAGUUAUUGUUUGAGGUAGGGUCCCAGCCAUAAAAGAUGUGUUUGAUCUCAGACCUUUUGAAAGACAGUAGAUAUCAUUUAAUGACCAGAGAAAAUAUCAUUUAAUGACCAGUACAUAUAAUUUAUUUAAUGAGCCUCUGCUGUAUUAAUAUCAUAUUUGUUAAAUCGUUUCUCUCUGGAACAUGAGACUAUUACCUAAAAUCUAUAUAAUUGUCUUUAUAAUACUCAGAGAUUACGCAGAUUCCGACCUGCAUUGACACAAUGUGCAUUCUUUUAUUGUGUUUGUACCAAUUGUACCGGUAGGAAUCUGCUGUACUCGUAAUGGAGCGAAGCACACAGCUGAAUUGUCUCACAUGGUUUGUUUCUGAAAUGUAACGCUUUGAUCUGAGAUGUGAUGAUUCAUUCACCUUGCAAAUACUUUUGUCAAGAACAACGAGAAAUAAGGAAUCUUUACUUGCUGAUGUGUUUGAAUAAAUUUUGUAUACCAGUAUUAUGGAACUAUUCAGACAUUGAUUUUACAUCCAUUACACUUUUAAAAAGAAAAUAAUCAGUUUUUAUGUCUGAUAAAUUUUCUAGAGCAUCCACCAUCUUGGGAACUCAAUUGAGAUUCAUUUGUAUUCCAUUAAAUGGUACCGUACCUAUCUUGUACAAAUGGUACGAACCACCUAAAGGAACACCUGAACAGUGAUUUAUUUACAUUUGUGUCAUAUGUCAAAGAUUUCAAGGAAUUGUCUGUCGUAGUUCAUUUCAGUAGAAAAAUAGUGGGAUUUUUAGGGUUAGCUUCCUUCAAUGACAACAUACAAGGGUUAUCUUCCUUACAGCUAAUAAAAUAAAAUAAGACACAUGUAACUCUGUUGAAAACAAUUAUAAUUGUCUAACCAAGGAAGAACAUCUACAGGGGAUGAUAAAUUAUAGUGGACAUUGGAUAAAUAUAUUACAUAUAUGAUUCCACUUUCUUGGUUUCUUGUAUUUUUUAUCAAUCUAAAUAUGUUUGAUACACCUAACUGACACAUAGAAUCCAGAUUACUAAAAUCAAUAUGUUUCAGAAAUGUUAUAUCUUACGAUAAUUACUGUACAUAGUAGAAAUAUUUUUUUGUAUUAAUAGAGUUUUGUUUAUGGUUACAAGACGUUGUAAUUCAAAUUUAUAAAGCACCAUUUUUUUCUAGGUACAGGUGAGUGGUCCAGAUAUUGAAUAUAUUAAGUAUUUUUGUCAUUAUGAUUUAAAUGUAAUUUGCUUUUGUUAAUUUUUGUUUUGAAGUAUUGCAUAGUAUGUUAGCUUACUUAUGAUAUCAUUGAAAGAAACACUGACAAAAGUUAAGUUUAAUUACCAUUCCAAAUCAAAAUUGAUUUUUAUUGUAUGAUCCUUAUUUCUUAGAAUGUUGUUGUAUCAUUGAUGAUGCCUACUGGCUAUAAAACAAAAAAAAUGAUUUUUACACUCAGAAGUGCUGUUAGUAAUUAAAUGAACAAUCUGACAUCUAUAUCUGAGGGAUACUUUCUCAAAUUAGGCUUCUGGAGAGGGCAAAGGUGAGCAUAUCACUACAAUAUUUGAGGAUGUAUCUUGGAUGGCUCUGUAUGCAUUUAAAUUCAAUAAAAACAAAAUCUAUCAAAAAAAAAAAGAAGAAAAAUAGUAGUCACUUUUUCAUUUUUGCCUAACAAAUGACAAUAACUUGACAAUCUAAAAAUAUGCUGCUGAUGUUUAUGUAUUGUUACGAAAGUCAUUUAAUGCAUGUUUAUGAACAAUAAUAAAGAUAUUUAAUGUUUGUAUUGGCUGGUUAUGGAUACAAAGUUCUAUUGUAUUAAUGUUGAUGUUUUGUUGUCUGAACUAUAGAAAUGUUUGUCUUGUUACAUUUUGUUUAUUUUUCUUCUGUUGUUGCAGGCACAAUAUUCUGAAUGGAACAUGUAAAUAUUUAUUUGUUUAAUUAGGUUGAAGAAUGUUCAUAGAGUUGUUAUGAAUAUAUGGGUAUUUUUCACUUUAAAAUACGGUUUAGUUUUGCUAGUUAUCUCCCUUCUCUUUCUAUUUAAUUAAUUUGAUUUAUCCCAGAAGUAUCAAUGAUACACAAUUGUGUUCAAAUGUGUUCUCAGCUAGUUAAGAACAGCCAAACUUUCAAGCAUGUAAAGUUUUUGUUUGAAUGUUCCUUUUGUGCAACUCAUAAAGUUAAAAAUUAAGAUGUAUUCUUAAAUGGAUGACAUUUUCAUUCUACAACCUCUGUCACAGCAUUAUACCCUUCUUGAGGAAAAAUGAAUGCAAUCUUUAGAAAACUGAUGUUGAUUCUCCCUCAUAAAACAUUCAACAUUUAAUGUAUAUUAAUGCUCACUGAAUUCAACAUGCUUAUAUUUGUAAUAAGGAUUGCAUGUUGUAAAUCUGGUAGAAAAAUUCCUGUUUGAGUACAAUUCUAUAACUUUGAUGAAGUAAAUAUUUAACAUCAUUUCUUGUUUUUUUUAAUCAUUUUGGGACCACCAUUUAAAAUUUGUUGUCAUGCUAAACUGUAUGAUUAUUCCGGUGACUGAAUGGUUUGUUAUCAUUGUAAAGCGGGUAUUUGAUGUUAGGAACCAUGUACAAUGUAGUUCACCUUUGUAUAGACCCCUGUGUACUAAGAUAGGUACUAUAGAGGAAUACCAAUCUCAGGUACAUGAGGAUGGUGAAAACUUUGUAAAUUAGAGUUGGUUUUUGUAAAACCCAUUGAUGGUUCUUAAAAUGCAAUGACUGUUUCAGUGUGUACUUGUACAUUAAUUACUGUCAGGUACAUCUUUGUAUGAAUUUUAUUAGAAAUGAGUACCCGGUACUUUUUCAUUUUUAAGUGACAAAGUGUCAACAGUUAGGUCAAUAUACCAGCAUUAAUAAGGAUAUCAUGUUCCCUAAAGAAUCAUUUAUCUUGUUUUAUUUAUUGUUUGUUCUUCAUAUCUUUUAAGUUGAUAUGGUAGUCAUUUCAAGAUCUGUAAAAGUGAAGUUUCUGUUGAUAACCAAGCGUUAUCUCUAUGCUACGUGUACUUGUUGUAUGGAUGUAUAAGGUUAAACCAUUAAUGUGUUGUGAAUGAGGAAGUACAGUUAACUAAGCUAAACAUUAAACUGAUGAUAUUGCAAUUAUAAUGAGUUUCAUAUGGUGUAUGAUUCGGGCAUUAAAGAGACAUUUAUCAGAACA